GUCUGUGUUCUCCCAGCGCCCAUGCAGGAGUCCGAGCGCCUUUGCAGUGCGCUCGGGGCUGUUUGGGUCAAAUGGUUUCGGUUGCCGCUCUCCAGCGGUCACGCUGUUGUGUGUUCUCCCACCGUUCCUGGCGCUGCACCGAUGGGGAGCAGGAAAUGGGUAGCAGGGAGGGAUGGAGUCAAGAGCGGUAGAAGUAUGACAGUUCAGGAGGGAGAGCUGAUAAAUCCUAGAAGAGGCCUGGAAGGGAAAAGUUGGGUCCAGUGGGAGCUUAACAAGUGGAAGCAGCGGGUUUGUGAAUGGAAUGUGAAAGGAGUUGAAGAGCAGUUUGAGAUGGGAGGUGUUGGAGAAAAUUGAGUUGGUGUGGAGGAAGUGUUACAGACGGAAGCAAACGAGAGAGACGGGUUGUCUGCAUGUUCUCUGUAGAAAUAAACACAUCCUUAGACCCAGCUCUGUGCAAAGGCCUAGUGAGGAUUUUCAGCCUGCAGCUACACUGUUAGCAAGUCUUCAAGUGACAUCUCCAUCUUAAUUUUAAAAAGCUAUUUUAUCGUCAUGAUUGCUUUACCUACUACCACGCUAUUUCUUCCAUUCCUGGGAGAGUUUAAAUUCCUUACUUGCUCCUCUGUCUGUUUACUGAAGUCUGUGCUGUGCCCUUGUUGCAAGAGUGAUUUUCUGUAGGGUGUAGCAAAGAGGACCAAUGGUUGCUGGAGCCAUCUUUACUAUUAUUGAUAAAAAGGAAGUAAAUGCAGUGAUGAGUACUUUAAUCUUAGCUCUGAAAUUUUUUCAAGUGACAAUUACAAUUGGAUGCAAUCCAUAAACACUUUCUCUCUAUAGAACCUAUGUAUUAUAGUAGCCUUUCAUUUUUUCUCAGGACAUAUAUAAUUAUAACAUUAAGUUCAUAUUUAAUUUUGAAAAGUAAAUUUAUAAGUGUAUGCAGAUUACUAGGUAUGUUUAGUAUUUGGGAAGAAAUUAUAGUGAAUAAGUGACUUCCUCCAGAGCUGUGCUGAUUCUUCUUAUCAAAAGAGUAGUUAUGGCAAACCAGCUGGUUUGUUCUGUGGCAGUGCUGAAUCUUGGUAAACAUCAUUUACAUUGUUUGGGCCAUUUAAAUGGCGUGGUAUUUAAUUGCUGGAGUCAGCCAGAUAGCAUUUCAAGAGUCAGUGGUUUAAGUCUUAUACAUUAAGCAUCUCAUUUUCCUCUCUGUUCACCUUCCAGUGUUAUACUGGAAGAUAGAGGUGGAGAGUCAGAGAAUGGUUUGGAUUGGAAGGGACCUUAAAAUUCAUCUAGUUCUUAAUGUAUAAACUAUCUUAAUAUAUCACAGAGGUUUUCUCCAUUAGCACUACAUGCUUUCACUUUCUUAAGUAAUUCAGUGUGUGGAAUGCCUCUGUUUUACCUUCUGAAGUAGACAAAUGUUUUUGUGCCAGGAUUAAUAUGUAGUAAACUGUGGAUAAGAGCAGUAGUAAACACAGACAGUUUGUUUGGCAACUCCUGAUAAAUACAUCAUUCUAUAUUGUUAUUUUUGUUUCAUGUACUAGACAAUACUGACAAUAUUUCCAUUAGCUUUCCAUAAACAUUAAUUUCCUUAGCAUCUUAAGGGUAACCAUCAAAACCAGCAGAGUUACUAAAUUAUUUGAGCUUGACUUAAGCACGUUGAGGUUUACUAGUAAUCGUGGUAGCUCUACUUACCCAGACAAACAUUAUUUGACUGUUUUAGGCUGGGUUUUGUUUUAGAAAUAAUUUGUCAUUAAAAAAAAGGUAAUCUAUUUUUUUCUUUUCCUGCUGCAAACUAGUGGGGAAUUAUAAGGAGAUGGGAUGAAACAGUAUAGAAGACUAGGAGUUCAUUAUAGGAUCUUAAACAUGUGUUCCCUGCAUAGAAAGGAAAAAGUGUGGUGGUUUCAAGGUUACUCAUGUGCCAGUUAGAUGUGGUGGCUGGAGAAAUUAGUUGUAUUGUUGGAGAACAGGCCACCAUGGAAAACAAAACUUAUAUUAGCAGUUCCUUCCAGUGUCUGGCAAGAUCAUUAGGUUCAAGUUAUGUUGGAGUGAAAGGGCUGCUUUCAGUUUGCAGCAUGAACUUUGAUUAUUUCAGGUCUCAUUAAUGCUGUUGGCUAGGGAAGAGGCAGAACUUGGAAACCCUGCUUUGGAGAGGAUGAUUUCUCUCCAGAGUUUAUUUUUGAAUGGAAGUGUGCUCCUUCCCAGUAGAAGAUGGUGAUCCCAAUGUGUGACCAUGGAGAAGGGGAUAAGUUCAGUAGAAGUGUUACCUUCCAAAUCAUCUCAGGUUACAGCUGUAAAAGUGGUGGUCAAAGAGCCCGAAACAAAGCAAACCCAAAGAGGGAAACGAGUGGGAUUUGUGCUUGUCCAUGCAGGUGCAGGUUAUCAUUCUGAAUCCAAAGCUAAAGAGUACAAGCAUGUGUGCAAAAGAGCCUGCCAGAAGGCAAUUGAAAAGCUACAGGCUGGUGCUCUUGCAACAGAUGCAGUGACUGCAGCACUUAUAGAAUUAGAGGAUUCUCCUUUUACAAAUGCAGGAUUGGGAUCUAACCUAAACCUUCUGGGUGAGAUAGAAUGUGAUGCCAGUAUAAUGGAUGGAAAGUCAUUGAAUUUUGGAGCUGUUGGAGCACUGAGUGGAAUCAAGAAUCCAGUUUCGGUUGCAAAUAGAUUGUUGUGUGAAGGGCAGAAGGGGAAACUCUCUGCUGGCAGAAUUCCACCUUGCUUUUUAGUUGGUGAAGGAGCUUACAGAUGGGCAGUUGAUCACGGGAUACCAGCAUGUCCUCCAGGUAUCAUGGCUACAAGGUUUAGUUUAGCAGCUUUUAAGAGGAACAAGAGGAAGCUGGAGUUGGCCGAAAAGGUGGAAACAGAUCUCAUUCAACUAAAGAAAAGAAGACAAUCAAAUGAAAAGGAGAAUGACUCAGGAACCUUGGAUACAGUUGGUGCAGUUGUUAUUGACCAAGAAGGAAAUGUGGCUGCUGCUGUCUCCAGUGGAGGUUUAGCACUGAAGCAUCCUGGAAGAGUUGGUCAGGCAGCUCUUUAUGGUUGUGGCUGCUGGGCUGAAAAUACAGGAGCUCAUAACCCUUAUUCCACUGCUGUGAGUACUUCAGGUUGUGGAGAGCACCUUGUGAGGACCAUACUGGCCAGAGAAUGUUCAUGUGCUUUGCAAACAGAGGAUGCCCACCAAGCUCUCCUAGAGACUAUGCAAAACAAGUUUAUUGGUUCACCUUUCCUAGCCAAUGAGGAUGGUGUGCUCGGAGGUGUGAUCGUUCUCCGCUCCUGCCGGUGUUCAGCAGAGCCUGAAUCCUCACAGGAAAAGCCAACUUUACUAGUGGAAUUUCUGUGGAGCCAUACAACAGAGAGCAUGUGUGUUGGAUACAUGUCUGCACAGGAUGGCAAAGCUAAGACUCACAUUUCAAGACUUCCUCCUGGAGCUGUGGCAGGACAGUCCGUGGCAAUAGAAGGAGGGGUUUGCAGGCUGGAGAGUCCAGAAAGCAGCUGAUUCUUCACUUCAUUGCAGAGAAUGUGAAUGACUCUUUGUACAAUAAGGGUUUUUUUUAUGUUUUAACAGAUGUUGGAAAUUCUGCUUUUGUUUUAUACUCCGUAUUGCAACCAUGUGCACCACAACUUGAGAGAAGUGCUGCUGUAGUUUAUGUUCUCACUCUGUGAAUGGGGGUUGUGUGCAUGUUCAUUUUGUCCCACGAAUAAAAUAGGAACACUCCCCAGUUGUGCAAAGAUCAUGUAUAAUUAAUGAUUGCAUUUUCAUUUUUCUGUGUUGAAAGAUAACCAAAAGUUAAGAAAAAAAUAAUUUAAAGAUAUGGUCACAAUUGUCAUUCAUAUUUUAAAUUUAAAAGUAACAGGCCUUUGAAGUGGCUUUAUGAUUAUGCAAAAAAUUAUUAUGGUUUUUAAGUUUCUUAGUGGUUUAAGGAAAUCCAGAGGUGAUUUAAACAUGAGUUGGUUUUUUCCUCUCCAGUAAGGAGGAUUCUUUUUUUGUUCAAAGAAUGGUUUCAGUGAAACAAACUAGAGCAAAAUUAAGGCUCAAAUUUUUUUUUAAUAGUCUUAUAGGUCAUAUCUGUGUUCCCAAACCAAGAUGUUAAUAGCUCCAAGCUGUAUGUAUUGCAAAAAGCUAUAUGAAGAUAAUGUAUCGUUCCGCAGUCUUUAUGUAUAAUGGAAUAUUACAGUGUAAAUAAGAAAACAAAGUUUAUGGAAAGAUUCAAUAUUAUUCUUCACUUCUGCUUUAAAUCUAUUUUUAAGAGAGGUACAGAAAUGAACAUAUUACUGGAUGGGAAGUGCAAUGUGUAUCAAGUGGCUGGUGGGAGGUCUGAUACUGAGCUUUGGUGUUGGUAAAGCAACUUCCUGGUGUCCAGCCGCAGCAUGGGUAUUUAUAACUGUGUGUAAUAUGUAUGUACUGUGCAGAAAUUUACUGUAACUCUUUUGAUACCUUGAACAAACCUGCAGUGUAAAACAGUGUACUCCUUGUCUGCCUCGUGAAGCAUUGGCAGCUGAACUGUCAUUUGUCACCAGUUUGGCUAUGUGAGCCAGGUUGCCCAAGUCCUAAAAGCGAGUUCUGACGUGAAACCUUCCACUCAGUCCUUUUUCCUUCACAGCACUGGCAGCAAUAGAAGACUUUUGUAAUUGAUUCAUUGUCCUGAUAAGUAUGCCAAAGAGAAACUAAAAUAGUUCAUCCUUUUCCCUGGUGGAUAUUUGAUAAUUCUGUUUUCAGAAAUAGUGGAUGAAUAGAUAUUCAGACUGUAUUUGCUUAAUCAGGCAUUGUACUUGCCUGUUUUGUAAUAUUGUGCCUGCCUAUAACAGACAUACUUGACUGAUGAAAUGGUUAUAUUGAUUGUAGUACCAAUCUUUCAUGGAAAAGAAUAAAAUUUUUUUAAUGGCCUCA